AUGGAUUCGGGAACAGAAAACUCAGACUCCCAGAGCCCCUCCAUCCAAAGUGCCACUGAGCAGCCUCCCUCCCAAAAGAACUUCUUUGAAGAAAGGCACUCAGAUGUGGAUCAGAAACUAUUAGGAGAAGAAGGAUCAGAGGCCAAGACAAAUGAGGAAGAGAAUUGUAAGAAGAGGAAACGCAAAGGCAGAAAUAGCUGCAAUCUCUCAGAAGCAGAAAGCUGCUCCGACUGCGAGAGCUCCGGGAAGAGGAAAAGCAGUUCCAGGGACAGCCUCGGCAAGACAGCAGGGGCCUCUCUAGAAGAGAUGUGCAGUGUGACUUCGGGAAAGAUCGGAAAGGUCUCUGAUAAUGAUCAAAGUGGUGACAGCAAAGAGACUGGAAGUGCCCAUCAUAGGAGAGGCCAGAGAAGGCGCACUGGGCACAGCAAGAGGCCCAGAUCACGGUCCUCCAGAGUCCAGACACCUCCUCUGCUUCGGAAAAGCCUGGUGACUUCCCUUCGCACCAUGUCUGAGGCCAUUUAUCAGAACAUCGUUCUGCUGCAGAACCAGCAGCUUCCUUUCUCGCUGAGCUGGGAGAAGUACAUCCUGCUCACCCAGCUCCGGGAGCAUCUGCGCACCCAGGCGCAGACCAUCUAUGCCAUGGCCACCCAAGCGGCCUAUGCCUUCCCUGCCGAGGGCUGGCUUGUCCCAGCCCCACUACCAGGUCCCUCGGGUCCAGCAGGGGAUGAAGGAGAAGCCCAGAGCCCCUCCUAG